AUGACCAUGUCAAGUGUAGCGGAGAUUAAGCAGCUGGAGGCCAAGAUCAAAGAGAAUGUCAAGCAGAUUAAUGCGUUGCCGAAGGUGGUAAAUGCAUUGCAACAUAAAGACAAGGCCGUGGCCCAAGCAGCCAUGCAAAGUAUGCGACGAGUACUAUUGUUUUUCCUGGAAAAGGGUGAUUUGCAACUCAAGGCAAUGAAGCAGGAGACAGCCAAGAAGAAGAAAGAAGGAGAGAUACAGGCUAUUGACAAGUUUCAUCGCUGGCUUUGGGACAUUUACAUUAAUUUUCUAAAGGAGAUGCUGCAGUGGCUAGGGGAUGCACAAACAGACAACAAUUUACGGGUUGGAGCGCUGCGCACGUUGAUGGAAUUUGUGUCUUGUGAGAACACAAUUCGAGGAGGAAACGCACCUGCUUUUGGUAAUGAAACGUUUACGCGGGUAGUGCAGGAAUUGGCAAUGACAAAGAAGCUCAAGGGAGAAUUGGCGAGUGUUUUUAAGGGUGAAUACGUUGGAGCUUACAUGGAUGUUCAGUACUAUAUGCUGAAGAACUUGGCGCAGAUUUUAGACAGUGCGCACUUGAAAGUCGAGAAGGAUGAGGCCGAGGACUUGACGCUGGUGAAAAAUGCACUGAAACUGUUAGAAAUGGUGCAGAUGCCGUAUGAUGUAGAAGACAUUAUGUCGUUUCUUGUUGAUCUGAAGGAUACCGAUUUGCCAGAGCAGGAACUCGUGAGUGAUGAUGAUACAAGCGACGGAGAGGACGAAGAAGCGCUUCCUACUGCUGGGGCAAAGCGAAAGGCUGAACCGGACUCGAAGGCGAAGAAGACAAAAGAGAAUAGAGGCCUGCGUAGUGUGAAACAGCACCAAUAUGCAUUCAGUCUGGCAUGGAUAGCUGUGCUACGUCAUAAACUGCCGCAGACUGCGUACAAGAAAGUGUUGAUGCAAAUGCCGGAAGAGAUCAUGCCGCAUCUUUUGAAUCCGCUACUGCUUGCAGAUUUCAUAACCGACUCGUACAGCAUUGGUGGCGUAACGAGUCUUUUGGCGCUCAACAGUCUGUUCAUCCUCAUUCAGGACUAUAACUUCGACUCGCCUGAUUUCUACAACAAGCUGUACGCACUGCUGGACGAUCCAUCAUUGUAUGCAGCCAAGCAGCGUGACCGCUUCUUUGGUCUGCUGAACCUCUUCCUCUCGUCUACACACUUGCCGGCUUACACUGUCGCGGCUUUCGCCAAGCGCUUGUCGCGCAGUGCGCUGACGGCUGAGCCGGGAGCUAUUUUGUUUAUCAUCCCGAUUGUUUACAAUUUGAUUUUGCGCCACAAGGAAUGUGUGCAGCUCAUCCACCGUACUGGUGCUCAAACCGCAGCAGAAAAAGCCGCUAAGCGCCGAGAAGAGCUAUCAAGCGGUACUGCUGUUGAUGCUGCAGCUAAGGCGUUGUCCAACGAAAAGAAGGAAAUGAUGCUGAAGGACGGCCACGAUCCAUUCGUGAGCGACGAGCUUGACCCUGUCAAGUGCAAUGCUUUGCAGACUUCGAUCUGGGAGUUGUACACGAUGAAGUACCACUACAACGCUGAUGUUGCAUUGAAGGCACGAAUGUUUGAGGAAAAGUUGCGUCAUCAAUUCGUUGAUAUCGAUACGAACACGGCGAUCACUUACAAGAGCCUUUUCGACGAGCAGCUGAAGCGUAAGGAGAAGGGUAAGGUCCCGCUAGCAUUCCAGACCUGCGAAGGACUCUUCAGGGAAGAGGGCAGCGUUUUUGCCCAAGUAUUCGAGCUUUAG